AUGGUCAUUGUGUCUCAGGACCAAGACUUUGAGGCCUUAAUCCACCUCAGACCCCAUUGUGGGCCUGUGGAACAGAGCCGGAAGCGAUUGAGCCAGAUAAACUAUGCCUGUACCCAUGAAGUGCCUGACCUUCUGCCCCGACCUGGCUGCUCUGGAGGAAGCUGUUACCCUCCCACUGGCAAUCUAGUUGUAGGCAGGAGCCAGAGUCUCCAUGCCUCAUCCACCUGUGGUUUGAGUGGGCCUGAGCCCUACUGCAUUGUUAGCCACUUGCAGGACUCUGAGAAGUGCUUCUUCUGUGACUCAAGGGGCCAGGGAGGCCAUAGAAUCAAGAAUGUGAUCUCCUUAAGUGGACCUGAUGGGGAAAGAACAUGGUGGCAGGCAGAGAGUGGUGUGGAAAAUGUCAGUAUCCAGCUGGACUUGGAAGGCGAGUUCUACUUUACCCACCUUAUCAUGACCUUCAAGACUUUUCGCCCAGCUGGUCUACUCAUUGAGCGUUCAGCAGAUGGAGGUCAUUCCUGGCGAGUUUACCGAUACUUUGCUCACAACUGCUCUGGCCUCUUCCCUGGGGUACCCCUUACACCUGGCCACAAAGUCAGUGACCUCGUUUGUGAUCAGCGAUACUCAAACAUUGAACCAUCAAGUCAGGGUGAGGUAAUUUUUAAAGUUCUGGACCCAGCUAUUCCUGUGGCAGAUCCCUAUAGUCCAGAGAUCCAAGAGUUGCUUCGAGUUACCAACCUGAGGGUGAAUUUCUCCAAACUACACACGUUGGGAGAUGGGCCCCUGGGGGGCUGGGGCCACCGCCAUGGGCCUCACUACUACUAUGCCUUGUAUGAGCUUGUGGUCCGAGGAAGCUGCCUAUGCCAUGGACAUGCCUCUGAAUGUGCACCUGCUCCUGGUGCCCCACCAAGUGUGGAUGGCAUGGUACAUGGGCUUUGUGUGUGUCAGCACCGGACAGCUGGACCCCACUGUGAGCUCUGCCAGGACCUUCACCAUGACCAACCCUGGCACCCAGCUGAGCCUGGGAAUCCUCAUGCCUGCCAGAAGUGUGAAUGCCACCAGCAUGCCAGGAGUUGCCACUUUGACAUGGCUGUUUUUGUGGCCUCAGGCAAUGUGAGUGGAGGUGUGUGUGAUGCAUGUCAGCACCACACAGCUGGGAGGCACUGUGAGAUUUGCCGACCCUUCUACCACCGGGACCCCCGUGAAGACCCCCGAUCCCCAAAUACCUGUAAACCAUGUGACUGUGACCCUUCAGGCACCUUGGAUGGGGGUCUCUGUGACACACACACAGAUGAGGUCCUGGGACUCCUCUCUGGACAGUGUCGUUGCAAAGCCCACGUGUGGGGCCCACGCUGUGAUACCUGUCGUCCUGGUUACUAUGGCCUGAGCCCAGCACUGCCUGAAGGUUGUUUAUCUUGCAGGUGUGAUCCACGGGGCACAGUUCCAGGUGACACCCCCUGUGACCCCAUCAGUGGUGACUGCUAUUGUAAGCGUUUUGUCACUGGUCAGAACUGUCACCAGUGCCUGCCAGAAUUCUGGGGACUAAGCAAUGACUUUACUGGUUGCCGGCCUUGUGAUUGUGAUUUUGGAGGAGCCUAUAGCAACAGGUGUUCGUCAGGGGAAGGCCUUUGUCCUUGCCGCCCUCACCUACAAGGCCGGAACUGCCUUGAGCUUCAGUCUGGUUACUUCUGUGCAGCCCUGGACCAAGCCAUAGCUGAGGCAGAGCUUGGGCAGAGGCUCAAGCCCUUUGACCCACGGCUACCUGGAUCCCUUUUCCUUGAUGCCACCCCCAACUGCCUGCCAACAACAGGACCCAUGCUGAAGAGGCUCAGACCCCGACUCCGACGACAACGUAGCAUCCCCUGCCCUCUCCCUGUUACUCGUCGUGGACGUCAGAGCCACCAACUAUCCAAGGCUGCUGUGGAGCCUAGGCCUUGGGACAGGGCCCCUCAUGCCUCAUCCUGGACAGGCUCUGGGUUUGCCAGGAUUGAAAACAGGGCUGGUCUCAUGCUCCAGGCCCCUCCAGUGCCACGAGCCAUGGAAUAUGAUAUCGUGCUACGUUAUGAAGCUCAGGCCCCUGAGGACUGGGAGGCCCUUGUCAGUGUACGAGCCUACUCUCUGCCCAGCAGCACCCGUUGUGCCAAUGUGUUGCCCUCAGAGCAGCUCUACCAGGUGGCCCUACCUCCCAGGCAUAGAGCUGUGGUUCUGUCUAGACCCUUCUGCUUUGAACCUGGAACCAGAUACAUGGUGACCUUGAGACUUCAGCGAGUGACAAGUGCACGGGGCCUCCCCGGGGGAACCAUUCUGCUAGACUCACUGGUACUCCUACCUCGAGUAGAGGAGCUUCCAGGCCUGAGAAGAGGGGACCCUGGGGCAUCAGGGCGCCUGAGAGAACUCAGUCAAACUCAGUGCCUUGAGGCUGCAAGAACACCUCCAUUUGGGCCCCCAUCAGAAUCUUGUGCCCGCUUGGUCUGUAGCAUCUCUGCUUUACUAUAUGGUGGUGGCUUGGCCUGUGAAUGCGACCCACAAGGUUCUCUGAGCUCUGAGUGUGCCCGUGUGGGUGGCCAGUGCCCAUGCCGACCCCAUGUCAUUGGCCAGCGCUGUGACCAGUGUGAGCUCCAGACAUAUGGCUUUGGCCCAGCAGGUUGCAGUGAAUGUCGUUGCUCUCCUGAGGGGUCCACCAGUUUGGCUUGUGAUCCUAUAAGUGGACAGUGCUUAUGCAAGCCAGGCAUCACAGGACGAAGGUGUGACCAAUGCCUGCCUGGCCAAUGGGGCUUCCCUCAGUGCCAGCCAUGUGAAUGUAAUGGGCAUGCAGAGCAGUGCCACCCCCACACAGGUGUAUGCCACGCCUGUGGGGAUGCCACCACUGGGCGUCACUGUGAAAGGUGCCAGGAUGGUUAUUAUGGAGACCCUGUCCUGGGCUCAGGACAGCAGUGCCGACCUUGUCCCUGCCCUGGGUUCCUAGGCUCUGGUAACUACCAUGGGACCUCUUGUCAGGCGGAUGGUAGUGGUGAACGAAUUCUGUGUGUCUGUGCUCCUGGUUAUGCAGGUCCUCGCUGUGACCGCUGCUCUGCUGGCUAUUUUGGGCGUCCUUGGCCAGAGGGAGUAGUAGGGGGGUCACUGUGCCGACCCUGCCAGUGCAACAACAACAUCGAUCCUAGUGAUCCCAUGGCCUGUGACCCCCAUAGUGGGCACUGUCAGCGCUGUUUACACCACACCCAUGGGCCACACUGUUCACACUGCCAGCCUGGCUACUUUGGCAAUGCCCUCCGACCACGAGGCUGCCGGCGCUGUAGCUGUGACCUACAAGGCACAGUGCCUUCCCGGUGCCUGCCUGGAAGUGGCAUCUGCUUCUGUGAUAGGCUCAGUGGGCACUGCCCCUGCCGCCCACAUGUCCUAGGACGGCUCUGCGACCACUGCGCUCCCCAGUUCUGGAACCUGGGAGGGCCCCGGGGUUGUGAGCCCUGCACUUGUCAUGCCCAGCACUCCCUGCAGCUCACCUGUCAUCCAAUGGGGAAGUCACUGGUCAAUGCCCAUGCCAGGAAGGAUUUGGAGGACGUACCUGCUCACAGUGCCAAGAAGGGUACUGGGGGGACCCAGAGAAGGAGUGCAGAGUGCAAGGCCUGUGCCCGGGGUUCUCGGGGCAGUUUCCCCCACUGCCGGCCCUGCCCUACCUGCUUCUCUCACUGGGAUAGCCGACUAGGUCUCCUCCAACAGCGGUUGGCCACAUUGGCUCAGGGGAGGGAUGCCCUGAGUGAGGCAGCCACUGACCGGAGCAGUGGGGGGCGGUUACUGUCCCUGGAGGCUGCCCUGGGACAGGUCCAAGGAAUCUUGGUGUCCACCUACCCACUGGUGGGGCCCUUGCAGCAGCUUUCAAAACAGCGGGAUGGACUCAGGAGGGAGGUAUCCAUGCUGAGUCGAGCACUUCGAGGGGUGGAGCGAAAUGCUGCUUCCCUGGUCUCCAAGGCUGUUCUCAUCUCCCAGAAGUCCGAGUUUGGUAUCAUAGUCAUGACUGCCCUGACAGACACAGAGAGUGCCCUGAGCCAAUCCCGUAAUGUCCGGCACAGAACAGAGGGGCUGCUGCAAGAAAUGAAGCCUCCCAGCAGAGCAGCUGUCUGGGGGGAGCAGCUCCAGGCACUUGUGAAUGCCUCCUGGGCCCUGAGCCCCAGCCUGGCCCAGCUCAAGGUCUGUGGGGGACCAUGGGAUGUGGGGAGGGCCUGUGCUCUCUCCCCCUGUGGGCCAGCCUCUUGUUCUGGAGCAUUGCCCACUUCCUUGUGGGCGCUCAGGACGGCUCAAAACACAUCCCAUGCUUUGGGUACCACAAGUACCAGACUGGGGCGGCUACGUCGACGGCUACAACGGGUUGGGACCAUGGCAGGGGCUGCCCACUCACAAGCUGAGGAAACACUGAGCCGAGCUCGAGCCACAUGGCAUGGGGCCAGCACUGCCUCCACGUUGGCCACUAUCCAGAGGAUCCGGGCCUUCCUCACAGCCAACUAG